AUGCCUGGGCCUGCAGCACAAACCAAGGUCGACGGAGCGCCAGUCGUGUACGGUCUCUCCCUCACCCGGCUCACACAAUGCGCACACUGGCACUCUCCGCUCGACAUCAUUGCCGUCAAGCAUUUCUGCUGCAAAAAGUUUUAUGCCUGCAUCAGCUGCCACGAUGCACUCGAGACACAUGCAUCAGACGUCUGGCCAUGUACUCGCCGCGACGAAGGCGCUGUGCUGUGUGGGCAGUGCAGACACGUCUUGACCGUCAACGAGUACCUCGAGAGUGGGAGCAGAUGCACAGAGUGCGGCAGCGCAUUCAACCCCGGCUGCAAGAAGCAUUGGGGGCUGUAUUUUGAAGUGGGCGACAAGAGCAGCGAGUCUUGA